CAUUUUCCUCGGAGAUUUCACAGCUGCAGCAGAGUAGCAGGCACGGUGCAAAGUUGAAAGCGCAAUGACAUGCGCCGACACUUGUUGAGCCCUGGCUAGGACAAUCUUAAGAAACAUUGGAGAAUUUGUUAUUAUAUUGUUGGCCAUACUCCACUCUUGCACGUUGUUAUAUUUGUUUGUUUUUGGUUUGUGGUAUUUUGUAUAUUUAUACUUGCUUAUGCUCGUUCACACAACAGACGGAGAUGAAGUAUAAAGGUUACGUGUCUAAAGUUGUUACCAAACAAAACAAACUUCCACCUAUUUUAGUGUCGUUUGAGCACGGAGACUUGUUGCCCGGAGAGGUUGCUGGUCUGAGGUGCGCGGUGCUGCGGAACCCGGAUGACGAGCAGCGGCUUGUUGCCGUGGCAACACCGCAUCUGCAGUACACAAGCAGAGUCCCCAGCGGCGCAGGCCUGACAACCACCUUCAUCGCGGUCCACAACAAGAAGACAAACAAGGUUCGCUUAAUAGAGACAGAAUGCUUCACCCUGUUGCCGUCCAUCGCGAAGGAGACAGGCGCAGCUGCUGCCGAUGACGUGGUUGACGUAAGCGUGCAGUAUGCACAGCUCAGCAAGUCGUUUGGUUCUAAAAUGGCGAAACGCAAGCAAGAGCAGAUAGAGAGGACAACGAUCAAUGCGGACAACUUAGAAGGACAGCUGGCGGAGCUCACACAGACCAUGGAAGUGGCAGAAGAGGACCUGACUUUCUCGAAGGAUGGCUCAAGCUUAAGAGAGCUACUGCCACCCAGAAACCCAGAAGCUACUGGUGUGAGUCAAGUAUAUGAACUAACCAACAUUCUAUCAGCAGAAGAGCUGGAGAGUCUGGACAUCAUCUGCGACGAGGUCUUGACGGAACCCAAGAGCUACAUUAGGCAUUCACCGUCGCAUCUUUUCGAUCACUGCCUUAUUGCUUUGCUGGUCAACCAGGACCGCACCCGGCUCAAAGCCCUUCUCUACGCAGAUUGCCUUAUCAAGUUUGUGAGGCUUAAUGUCAAGGACCUUUCGAAAAAGGACUUGGUGCUCUGCCCAUACUCCGUGCUUAUCAGCAACAACAUCCUCAACAACUUCACUACCAGUGUGGGUAAUAAGAGGAAUCGACCACUCACCCACCGGGACAAGGCUCUAUGCCACAUUAUCGUGCUGGGAUUGCUGGCCUGUGGAUACCAGUUGGACCUCAAACCACUCGUCAAGUCUUUUCAAAGAGUUGGCCUCGCAAAGCUGCAGGCACUGAGCCGGGUCGUCGGAGCUGUACCUUCUAAGAACAAGCCAGACGUUAUUGAACUGAAAUUUCCAGUAACCUCUAUGAGAGAGACUAUUAGACACACCAAGAUAGGAAGAAAAAAUUAAUUGUGCUCUAUUUUUUGAUAUGUGUGCUGUAAAUAAUAAUUAAAGUUGUCUCACAUCA